AUGACAACAGAAGAUAUUCCAACGACUAGCGGACUAGCCGACUUUGUCGUCGACGGAAAGACGUACCAGACAUUCUACAUUAUAUAUGGCGAUUUGAGAAACCUGGGGAAGCGAAGGCCGUUGGUGGGAUUACACGGGGGACCUGGGUUCUCGCACCACUACAUGAUUAUCCCUGUCGUCUUAUACGACCAAAUUGGCAAUGGUGCAUCGUCGCAUAUCCGCGACGCCCCAACAGAGUUCUGGACCUUGGAGUUAUUCAUGAACGAGCUCGAAAAUUUACUAAAACACCUCGGAAUCCAAGAUAACUUCGACUUGCUAGGGCAUUCCUGGGGAGGUAUGCUAGCAUCCGCAUAUGCAUCCAUCCGCAUCCCAUCAGGUUUGCACCGCUUGAUAAUUGCCAACUCACCCGCCUCGGGCCCUCUUAUGAUGCAAGGAUUCAACGACCUCCUCGAUCUCCUCCCAGGAAACGCAGCAGAGAUCGUGCGCUCAAACGAGGCAGCCGGUACGCUCCAGGACUUAGACUAUCAAAAGACACUGGAGGUAUUCCAGAAGAAGCAUAUUUGCGCUUUGGACCCGUGGCCACAAGGGCUUGUAGAUUCAUUUGAGGAAUACAAGAAGGAUCAGACAGUCUAUCUUGCUUUGUGGGGGACGCUCGAGUUCCAGCUCACAGGAAACCUCAAGGAUUGGUCCAUCAUCCCCUCUCUAGCCCAAAUAUCCGUCCCCACUCUCCUCCUAUCCUCACCGCAAGACGAGAUCCAGCCUGUUGCAUACAUGCCAUUUUUUGAGCACAUCCCCAAAGUCAAAUGGGUUGAUAUCCCGGGGUGUUCGCAUGUCGCUAUGUACGAAGCGCCCGACAGGUAUUUUGAUGCCCUGAUCUCCUUCCUUAACGUUUAG